AUGGCUUCUGAAAAGCUUACGAUUCUUCUUGUCGGCUCUGGCGGUCGCGAGCACGCUAUUGCUUGGAAACUCGCUCAGUCUGAACGAGUCCAACAUAUUUAUGUUGCUCCUGGUAAUGGAGGUACUGCCAGUGGAAACAAAAUUACCAACGUCAAGAUUGGCGUGAGUGAUUUUGACAAGUUGGUUGAAUUCGCCGUUCAAAAUCAGGUCAAUCUUGUUGUUCCCGGUCCUGAACAACCUCUUGUAGAUGGUAUUCAAGGCGUAUUUAGAAAAGUUGGUAUUCCUUGCUUUGGUCCUUCUCUCAAGGCUGCCCAAAUGGAAGGUUCCAAAGCCUUCUCCAAAGAUUUCAUGAAAAAGCACAACAUUCCUACUGCUGCUUACGAGAACUUUACCGAUUAUGAAAAGGCCAAGGCUUAUGUUGAAUCAGUUGACCAUAAAGUUGUUUUAAAGGCUUCUGGUUUAGCUGCUGGUAAAGGUGUUUUGAUGCCUGAAAAUAAGCAAGAGGCUCUUGAAGGCCUCAAGUCUAUCAUGGUCGAUAAGGAAUUCGGUAGCGCUGGUAGCGAAGUUGUAGUUGAAGAAUGUCUUGAAGGUCAAGAACUCUCUUUCUUGGCUUUCUCUGAUGGCUACACCAUCGUUUCUCUCCCUCCCGCUCAAGAUCACAAGCGUGCCCAAGAUGGUGAUUUAGGACCCAACACAGGUGGUAUGGGUUGUUAUGCCCCUACACCUAUUGGUACUCAAUCAUUGAUUGAAGAAGUCAAGCGUACUAUUUUGCAACCUACCAUCGAUGGUAUGCGUCGUGAUGGUUUCCCCUUUGUCGGUAUGCUUUUCACUGGUAUCAUGUUGACCUCUUCUGGUCCCAAAGUGCUUGAAUACAAUGUUCGUUUCGGUGACCCUGAAACUGAAGUGGUCUUGCCUCUUUUGAGCGAUGAUACUGAUUUAGCAGAAAUUCUAUUGGCUUGUGUGGAAGGCCGUCUUGAUGCUGUUUCUAUCACAACUAAGAAGGCUUUUGGCGCUACUGUUGUUAUUGCCUCUGGUGGAUACCCUGGAAGCUAUGCUAAAGGCAAAGUCAUCACACUUCCUCAAGAAAACAAAGAAUUCACCAUCUUCCAUGCUGGUACUACUAUCAAGGAUGAUCAACUUGUAACUGAUGGCGGUCGUGUUCUUACUGUCACUGCUGUUGCUGAAACCUUGCGUGAAGCUGUUGAUAAGGCGUAUACAGGCGUCAAAUCUGUUCAAUUUGAGAACAUGUAUUAUCGUAAUGAUAUUGCUCACAGAGCUUUCAAACAUGCUGAACAAAAUACUGAAAAGAAGGGUCUUUCUUAUGCUGAUGCUGGUGUCUCUAUUGAUGCUGGUAACUUGUUAGUUCAAAAAAUCAAGCCUCUUGUUAAGUCAACCAAGCGUGUCGGUGCUGACUCUGACAUUGGUGGUUUUGGUGGUCUCUUUGAUCUCAAGGCUGCUGGAUUUAGAGAUCCUAUUCUCGUAUCUGCUACAGAUGGUAUUGGUACCAAACUCAAGAUUGCUCAAGACUGCAACAUCCAUGAUACUGUUGGUAUUGAUUUGGUUGCCAUGAAUGUGAAUGAUUUGAUUGUCCAAGGUGCUGAACCUUUAUUUUUCCUUGAUUACUUUGCUUGUGGUAAGCUUGAAGUGGAUGUCGGCAAAGAUUUUGUCGCUGGUGUUGUUGAAGGUUGUCUUCAAUCUGGCUGUGCUCUUGUAGGCGGUGAAACUGCUGAAAUGCCUGGUCUUUAUGCUUUGGGUGAUUAUGAUGGUGCUGGUUUCACAGUAGGUGCUGUUGAACGUGAAAAGAUCUUGCCUCGCAUGAAUGACAUCAAGGCUGGUGAUGUCGUCCUUGGUUUAGCUUCUUCUGGUGUUCAUUCUAACGGCUUCUCUCUUGUUCGUAAAAUUGUUUCCUCUCAACCUGGUUUAACAUACCACUCUCCUUGUCCAUGGGACAAGUCCAAGACACUUGGUGAAGGUCUUUUGGUUCCUACUCGUAUCUAUGUUAAGCAAUUAUUGCCUGUUGUUCAAAAGGAUUUGGUUAAGGCUAUGGCUCAUAUCACUGGUGGUGGUUUCCUUGAAAACAUUCCUCGUGUGAUGCCCAAAGACCUUGCUGUCAUUGUGGACGCCAAGUCAUAUGAAUUGCCCCCUAUUUUCAAAUGGCUUAAGGAAGCAGGUGGACUUUCUGCUUAUGAAAUGUCUCGUACCUUUAACUGUGGUAUUGGUAUGAUCCUUGUUACUGAUCGUGCUCAUGUUCCUGAAAUUACUCGCUUAUUGGAAGCUGCUAAUGAAACUGUUUAUGAACUUGGUUCUGUCACUACCAAGGCUGAAUUGGGUGGUCAAGAAGUUGAAGUUCGCAAUACUGACACUUGGUAA